AGAGGAGAUCGACGAACCAAGGGGAAAUAGUAUCAUACCCGGCGAAAUAGCUUCAACCUAAUUCGAAAGCUAAAGCAACCCUUAACGGUGGCGAUAGCUACCAUUUACAAAAGAGCCCUCCGGACCAACGUCCGAAGUUUGGCACUUCGAAUCGGACCAUUUGGCCCAUCUUUCCGUACAUUUGCAAGUGGCUCUGGCCACGAAGCCGCGAUCGAUGCUAUCAUCGUUUCCGAGGAGAGGGAACUGCCGGCAAUCAUCGACAUGCAAGCGAACGUAAGCUACAGUUUGCUCGCUGCGAUGUCAUAUCGCGUAACUUAAAGGCAGUUUUCCAAUAUUUCUCGUGUUUCCUUGUCGCGCACAUCCACACAUACACAACGUACAGAGAGAGAGAGAGAAAGAGCCCACCUAAUAAAACUUGCGGUGAAGUAGACAAUGGACACGUUCUCAGGAUUCGGUGGUUGCUGUACCGGAGGAUCCGGUUAGGGCCAAGCAGGAUCGGCCCGAAGAACUGUAGCAGAACGUGGCCGAUUCUGAGCCUGGUUCGAAUUUCUGCGCAGGAAAAUGGCGUUACAGCACGGGUGUCCUGCAUAACGCGCAUCGGCGGCUAUCGACGUGAAGGCGCACAAAGCGAGAAGCCGCGGCGGUGAAAUCCGGGUGUCGGCGCGAGAAACGAUGAACGAAUCGAGACGAGCCGGGAACGUAGCGGCGCGAUAAUAAUAAUAUGUGGACGACGCGGCCACGGACCAGGCGAAAGUCGCGACAACCGUCGACCCCGUCGUGCAAGGCACGCGAUAAUCGCACGUGGAAUCGUCGUCGGGACGGCUUUCGCAUCAUCUACUCGGUGAUAUUGGCGGCCUGCAUGGCGACGCAAGAAGCGAGGUGCGCCAAGUGCCCGCCACCGGACACGAUACCCGGUUGCCCGUGCUACAACUUCGAGAACGGCGGUCUGUUCCUGGAGUGCGCAGGUGCCACCGAGGAGUCCCUCAGGAACGCUUUGUCCGGCGUGAUACAUGCCGCCGGCGGUGAAGGCGCGCUCGUGCAAUCGUUGAGCGUGUACGAAUUAGAUCGAAAAGUAGAGGAACUUCGGUCCGCCGCUUUCCCGACGGGCUCGCAAAUUAGGCAUCUGCAAAUAUCGCAUUCCGCGAUCCGCGAGAUAAGCGAGAAUGCUUUUGAGCGACUAAGCAAAAGCCUGGAAUCCUUGGCACUCGUAUCCGGCCGACUACCUCACGUACCUCAAAAGGCACUGGCCUCGCUGAGCCUACUCAAAGCGCUGGAUCUAGAGGCUAACCUCGUUCAAGAGCUGCCGAGCUUCAGCUUCUACGGGCUCUCCUUAAUUAAACUGAACCUGAAGGGCAAUCAAAUCGUGAAAAUCUCCGAGUACGCCUUCGCCGGGCUCGAAGGCAUGCUGAAAGACCUGGACCUGGCGGAGAACAAGAUCCGGGUGUUCCCCAUGACUUCCCUGAGACGACUGGAACACCUCACGUCCUUGAGGCUCGCGUGGAACGAAGUGUCCCAGCUGCCGGAGGACGGCUAUUCCAGGCUGGACGCUUUGAACUUCCUCGAUCUCAGUAGCAACAACUUCAAGGACAUACCGCUCAACUGCUUUCGCUGCUGUCCGUCCCUGAAGACCCUGUCCCUUUACUACAACGCGGUCGAGUCGGUGGACAAGGAUGCCUUCAUAUCGUUGAUCGAUCUCGAAUCGAUCGAUCUCAGCCACAACAAGAUCGUGUUCCUCGACGUGGCUACCUUCCGUGCCAAUCAAAAGCUCAGGUCGAUCGAUCUCAGCCACAAUCACAUACACUACAUCCGCGGCGUGUUCUCGCGGCUGCCCGAGCUGAAGGAGCUCUUCCUCGCGGAGAACAACAUCCUGGAGAUACCGGCGGAGACGUUCGCCGGCAGCAGCAGCUUGUCGGUCGUGUACCUGCAGCAGAACGCCAUCAGACGGAUCGACGCGCACGGCUUGGCGACGCUGAGUCAGCUGGCGCAGCUCCACCUCAGCGGCAACUACAUCGAGAAGGUGCCGCGCGACUUCCUCGAGCACUGCGAGAACCUGUCGACGCUCUCGCUGGACGGCAACAACAUCCGCGAGCUCGAGGUCGGCACGUUCGCCAGGGCGAAGCAGCUGCGCGAGCUGCGGCUGCAGGACAAUCAGAUCACCGAGGUGAAGCGCGGCGUGUUCGCGCCGUUGCCGUCGUUGCUCGAGCUGCACCUGCAGAACAACGCCAUCACGGACAUGGAGACCGGCGCGUUGAGGUCCCUGCACAGUCUGCAGCACGUGAACCUGCAGGGCAACCUCCUGGCGGUGCUCGGCGACGUGUUUCAGGUGUCCAACGACGCAGGCCAGAGCGAGAACAGCGGUAGCUCCUUGGUGUCCAUUCAGCUGGACAAUAACGGCCUCGGUGUCUUGCAUAAUGACUCGUUGAGAGGCCAAGCCUCGGUCAGGAUCAUGUGGCUCGGGCACAACAGGCUGACGCGUCUGCAGGCGCCUCUGUUCCGGGACCUCUUGCUGGUCGAGCGGCUGUACCUCACCAAUAACUCGAUCUCGCGGAUAGAGGACACCGCGUUCAAGCCGAUGCAGGCGCUCAAGUUCCUCGAGCUCAGCAUGAACCGGCUGAGCCACGUGACCGUAAAGACCUUCUCGGAGCUGCACGAGCUCGAGGAGCUCUACCUGCAGGACAACGGCCUGCGACGGCUGGACCCUUACGCCCUGACCGCCCUCAAGCGACUGCGCGUCCUCGACUUGGCGAACAAUCAUCUGAACGUGCUGCACGACAAGAUCUUCCAGGAGGGCCUGCCGAUCCGGACGCUCAACCUGAAGAAUUGCACCGUCACCGUGAUCGAGAACGGCGCAUUUCGCGGACUGAACAAUCUCUACGAGCUGAAUCUCGAACACAACCACUUCACUGCCACCGCCCUGGACCGUCUCGACAUACCGGGACUGAGGGUCCUGCGAAUAUCGUACAACAACUUCAGCCAGAUCAACGGUAACUCCCUGGACGGGCUGCCGUCCCUGCAGCAUCUCGCGAUGGACUCGUCGCAGAUCUACAGGAUGCCGGCCGAGAUCUUCGCGAAGAACAAGAAUCUGGGGAAGCUGUUGCUCAGCAACAAUUUGCUCAGGGCGCUACCGGCGACGCUGUUCCUAGGCCUGGAGGCGCUCAAGGAGGUCAAGCUCGACGGCAACAUGUUCCAAGAGGUGCCGUACGACGUGUUCGCGAACGCUACCACGGUGGAGUUCCUCUCGCUGGCCAACAACGUGCUCCUGCAGGUGGACAUGUCGCGGCUGAACGGACUGGCCAGCCUGCGGGAGCUCGACCUGCGCGGCAACUGCAUUAUGUCACUCACCGGCUUCGCCGCCGUCAAUUUCUCCCGCCUGGUGUCCGUCGACCUGAGCCACAACCACUUGGCGGCCCUGCCUGCCAACUUCUUCGCCCGCUCGAACAUGCUGAGGAAGAUCGAGCUGGCGGCCAACAAAUUCCGGCAGAUACCCGCGGUAGCGCUCACGGCGCAAAAUAUCCCCGGGCUGGCCUGGCUGAACGUCACCGCGAAUCCCCUCGUGAGAAUACACGAGAUCAGCUCGGAGGCGAAGUAUCCGGCCCUGCAGGAAAUCCACAUAUCCGGCACGAACCUGACGAUCGUCACCAGCCAAGACUUCGAGGCGUUUCCCGCGCUGAUGCACCUCUUCAUGGGCAGCAACAUGAUAUCCCGGGUGUCGCCCAGCGCGUUUCGAAGUCUUCCCAAUUUACUGACGCUGGAUCUCAGCGUGAACGAGCUGGAGCUGCUGCCGCAGGAGAGGCUGAAAGGGCUGGAGCAUCUGCGCCUGCUGAAUCUCACGCACAACCGUUUGAAAGAGCUCGAGGACUUCCCGCUCGACCUCAAGGCUUUACAAGUGCUCGAUCUCUCGUACAAUCAGAUAAGCGGAGUGGGAAAGAGCACGUUUCAGCACCUGGAAAAUCUGGCGGAGCUGCAUCUCUACGGCAACUGGAUAUCGUCGAUCUCGCCGGACGCGUUCAAGCCCCUAAAGAAGCUCUGGAUUUUAGAUCUAAGUAGAAACUACUUGGCGAGCUUGCCACUGAAUGCCUUUCGACCUCUCGAAACGCAAAUACGGAGUUUACGGGCCGAGGAGAAUCCGCUGCACUGCGACUGCGAGUCCCAGGAGCUCUGGGAAUGGCUGCGCGACCAUCAGAAGCUGGUCGGCGGCGGGAUGAGCCGAAAUCGCGGGGGUGGAGGACUAAGGGUGAACGACGUGGACGGCGGUCUGCUGCGGUGCGAGCAGCCGCCGGAGCUGCGCGGACUGGUGUUCCUCGACCUGGACCCCCACGCCUUCUGCUCCGCGCCGUUGGUCCUGAAACUGGCGAUCCAGGACAUCCAGCCGUUCUCCGUGCUGGUGUCGUGGCAGAGCAGGAAUCACUCCGGCCUGCGGGGCUACCAGGUGGCCUAUCACGCGUUGGACAACGUCGACGAGGUACGUGCCAAAAUACUCGAGCCCAGCGCGCGCUCGGUGAAACUGUCGAAGCUGUCGUCGAACACCCGCUACCUGAUCUGCGUGUUCGGCCUCGGUAAUUGGAUGACACCGCGCGUCGAGGAGAACCCGAACGCGGAGCAGCUGAAUUUCUCGCAGAUCGAGAUCCUCGCGUCCACGCCGAGCUCGCAGAUGACCGACUCGUCCACCAGCCGCUGCACCGAGGUGAAAACGCUGGACGCGCCGGACGCGAUAAUCAGCAGCGACGGAUCGGCCAUGGGCGACGUCGGCAGUGUAAGCAGCUUCCUGACGCGACGGCUCGGCCUGAUAGUCGGCUGCUGUAUGGGCUUCGUCGUCUUCCUGCUGCUGGUCUCCGUGCUCGGCUAUCUCAAGGUCAAGAAACAAAGGGAGGCGGUGAAGCGGGAGCAACAGCCGAUACCGCCCGAGUACAUAUCGUACCGGCACUUCAGCAUACAAAGCGGCGAGGCCGGCCACCAGGCGGUCGCCAGGCAGACCAGCAUUCAAGACGGCCAGCACCCGAGUUUCAUCGGCAGCAUGGGCAACACCACGCUGAACGUAUGAGAAAAGUCGCGGAACUCCCGACUCGUGGAAGUCUCGAACGUGUGAGCAGGCCCGAAUCACUUCGUCGGUUCGAGCGUGUUGACCGGGAAUCGGGGGACUCCCGCGACUCGCGGAAGUUUCGAAUCUAUACGCCAAAAAGAGAAAAAAAAAGCAAACCAGAGAGUCUCUCGCACGGACUGUUAUAUUCGAAUUCUCGCAAUUCGGCGUGACGCCGCCGCGGGGUCUCGCGAAAUCGAGACUCGGACAGUCGUGAUCACGGCGGCGCGCGCUCCUGCCACUCGGAGGUGUGACACGCACUCAAAGUGCUACGCACACACACACACACACGCACACAUACACAAAAAUACUAAACUAACGAACACACGCGCGUACAACGGAAACAUAUUUUCACCGUUACAUCCCCGGAGACGAUGAGACGCGUCGUCGCUCAACCGGCGUCCGGCCAAGCCGGCGGCAUCGCGAAUCAUCACGUUCACACAGCAACGAAGAAGAAGAGUUCGAGCGAAUCCGAGAGCGUAGAGCGAGUGAAUACAUUUACGUGAGAGAAUGCGAGACGCGCGAAUGGGAAGUCUUAUCGAUUAAGUAGCGGAGCAUUUUAUAAGGGAUUUUCUACGAGUCUAAAUUUCGUUCCAAGUAACUUUAAUCACCCCCGCGGCGAGAGGGGGAGAGAGGGGAGGCGCGUCAUAUUGCGACGAUAGAUCGGACGGACGGGAGCGGUCCCCGCGAGAGCUGUAUAGAACAGGAAAUUGCUUUCGGUAAUACACGAGCGAUACGCGCACGCGAGCCGCACGCGAGAGAGCGAGUUCUCGUGCUCUCGGAAAAAUUGUCUUUGAGCAAGACGAGAUGUAUCGUACUGCGCGUAUCUUUCUCUCUGAUCCUCCAUCGGGAACGAUAAAUUAUGCCGUGUUCGGGCAUCGAUCGAGCUGCGCUCGAAAUUCGUCGGUCGCUUAAUAAAUCGGGACUUUUGAAAUAUUAAACGACGCGAUAUGCGGAGCGUCGUCGUCGCGCCGAACAGGAUCGAUCCGCGCGCGAUCCGGAAGACCGGGGAAGCGCGUCGACCGGUCGGAAUAUCCGCCGAUACGGCGAUGGAGGAGAGCCGUUGUAAGUACAGAGGCGGGCUGUCACUUUGUUCGCGAAGGAUCGAUCGAUCGUCUCGCGAGCAUCCGCGGGUGCUAUUCAUCCGCUGUGCUUUUCGGAGGAAGCGCAUCGCUGGCGCGUCGCAAUGCGUUCUCUCUCUCUCUCUCUCUCUGUCUCCUUCGAGGAGGAGUAUGAAAUUUUCUCGAGUGCGCGAGAGACACGCGAGAUUUCGAGAGAGUCGCGCGCGUCCGCGAAAACGACAACUAUAAGCCCACGGCGAUGAGGGCGAGAUACGGUAGGUAGACUUCAUCUCGUGUAACACGAAGCGCGGCAUUUGCCGAACGAUUUACGACUAAACACCGCGCUAUUACAUAUCAUCCAGCCUCCAUUCGCGGGCAGGGUCGGCCGAACCGGGGGCGGUGGCGGGACGUGAAGUGGCUAUUGUGUUUUCUUAAUGGCUCGGCAAACCGCGCGGUUUAGGACGUCACCACGCGCCGAUGUCGCAAAAUGGCAUGCCAUUUUGCGGCGGACGCCCGCGACGGUACCAUCAAUUUCCGAUUGGGCGACGGCGGCAGAUCACGGCGGGAAAAUGGGACGCGAAAAAUCGCUCGUCCCUGUGUACGCGCGAUCGAUCGCGCGACUCAGAUUCUCCCGGUGUGAUAAGAGGAUAAAGAAUGUGGAGGAAGUGUAAAUGUUAAAGAACGUGCUUGUCCCCGCUCCCGGCGGCAGCGGUGGCAACGGAGCGCGGCUCUUUGCGGCUCUUUGUAAGCGAUUCUCCAUCCGAACCCCUCGCCGCACAGGUGGUCUGAGGAUAAAAAAUUUUGCCCGAAACUCGGAAUCCUGCUGGAAAUGACCUUGUUACGCGCAGAAAGUGGCUUUAAAAGAGAGGGGCGACUAUUUGCAAGCGAUUCAACGUUUCUCAUGUUUUUUUUUCUUUUUUUUUUGGAUAAAUACGAAAUAUAAUAUCCAUAUUUUUUAUGAACAGCUUCUUAUAAAGGAGCGUGAUCCUCCCCGGAAUGAUAUUCGGUCGACUUUUUCCCCUAUUCAAGAAUAUCAUGAAGAAAGAAUAGGAUUCCUUCUCUUACGAUAUUCUUGAAUAGGAAAAAAAUGUAUAUCGUUUCGGGAAGAAUUUUAUAUAAUUUAGCGGAGUAUUUUCAUUUUCCGACUUUCCAAAUCAUGUAUAGGAUCUGACAGGACACGUUAUACGGAUCUAAGAAGGUUAGUUAUUUUCAAACGAUGCAUAAUGAAUAACAGAUUUUGUUAAUGUAAAUGUUGACGAUUAUUACGCAACUGCAGUUUUCUUUCAGAAACUUUCAAAUUCUCUUAAAUAUCCUUGAAGUAUUGGCAAGAAAACCUUUUUUUCCAUUGUAAGGUUACGCUUAUUUCAAUCACAAAUCUCCAGUCAUUAUCCCGCUGUAGAAA